AUGACAGGGGCCAAGGCUCGCAAACAACUCAAAGAGAUGAGGCUUAGGCAGUCUGUGUUCGAGUCGAAGGACCCGGACCAUCAGAGCUGCAGGACGGGUGAGCAGGGAGCCCCGGAGACCCUGGAGGAGACGGUGGAGUCGCUGUUCAGACGCCUGAGGGAGAAGAGGCAGGCUCUGAACCUGCCAGACAACAUGAAGGACAUGACGCAGGCUCAGAUGGUUCUGGAGAAGAUCACCCUGCAGAAGUGUCUGCUGUACUUUGAGAGCGUUCACGGCCGGCCGGGGGUGAGACAGGAGCGGGUGCUGGUGAAGCCGCUGUACGACCGAUACCAGAUGAUCAAACGCCUGCUGUGUGUCAGCCCCACCAUCACCACCAUCGAGGAAGAGGACGGUUCUGAUGAUGACUCACUGAUGAGCUCCAUGACCCUCGACCCGCCGCCCGGCCCUCCCCCCUGCAUAACCACCCAUUCCCCCCCCGGAGAGGAGGACGGCGACCCGGCCUUUGUGUCGCCGAUCGUUGAAGUGAAACCCGUCCAGCAGCAGCUGGACCUCACCGUCAGCAACCUGCACGAAGCCAGCAGGUCUCAGCUGCUGCAGAGUCUCCGUGAGACGAGAGCCGAGAAGAAGACCAGACGGAAAGUUCUGAGGGAGUUCGAAGAGGAGUUUUACCGACAGACCGGCAGGAUCUGUCAGAAGGAGGACCGCAGUCCGAUGAAGGAGGAAUACCAGGAGUACAAACAGCUGAAGGCCAAACUCCGCCUGCUAGAGGUCCUACUCAGCAAACAGGAAGUCCAGCUCAGCAGACAGGAAGUCCCUAAAAAACACAUGUGAAGCUCUCAGACACUCUGCCAAACAAGACCAAAACUCCAGAGAGGAGGAAAGGUCUUCUAUUUCCCCGAUCAGAGGACCGGAGGUGGGGUGAUGACACGCUUUUACUUUCCGACGUCUCUUCAUAUUUCAGCUACGUUAGCUGCUAACCCGAGCGGAACACGUCCACCCAUCGCAAUCUGAUACCUUUCACUUCAAUCAGAGCCGGUGUUAGAAAAAGUAAUACUCCGAACGAAAUUUAAAGAAGUCAAAUUUACGAGUAAAAAGUCACAAAUGGACAAGAAAAACCGAAUAUUCUCGGAGGGAAAUUGUAGAUUCUGGGGAAAGAAAAACAAUUUAUGAGAAGAAAAAAAAAAGUCCAACUUAUUCAAGGACAAAUCCCCGAUUCCAGAAACAUGGUGUUCGGGUUUGGUUUCUGGUGACCUAAAUCACGGCUUGAUCUGUUUGUUGUUGACUUCUCCAAAUCCUGCCAAAGCAUUUACAAACAUGCAUAAAACGUUAUCGUCAUGCAAACAUCGCUCUGUUUUAAAGGUAUGAUAACAUUCAAAUGAUUAUUGAAUAAAGGCCGCGAAUGAGGGAAGGAACUCUUCUCUGUUUACUUCUUUACGGUGGCCGACAGGAGACAGAUAUAAAAACACGAAUCUGCCAAAACACAUGCAUGUUUCCUCUGCUGAAUGUUCUCUAGAUGCUGCAUGUGUUGAAGAGCUGCUGCAGAUGUUUCUUCAUGAGUUCUGAUUUGAGUUUCUAUAUCUGCAUCCUCUCUGAAGCUGCAGCACCUUCCUCCUGAUGAUCUGCUUGUAGCGGGUUUGCACCUGCAGGCCUCCGACCUUCACCACGUCCUCUCUGAACUGUAGAAACUGUGAAUACUUCAGAAAAGUUUGAUAAAAAGAGAGAUCUGUCAGUGGAAACCAGCAGUGUGUAUUAAUCUACCUGCAGCUUCCUCUCCAUCCUGUUUGAUUUAUCGGACCAAAACUUUAUUUUGUACUCGUGUGUGUGUGUACGUGAGCUUGAAGCACUUUAAUGGAAGAAGAGGAGACUGAUGAACUGAAGUCUUUGGGACGGAGAUGCAAUGUAGAGAUAACUGUUUGUGUCAGAGAGAUGUAUCUGUGUUCACAUCAUAGCACACAUUUUUCCAGAUGUUUGCUAUGCAGCAUGGUGCUGCUGGUUUAUAUUUAAGGAGUGAAGAGGCAGCAGCAACGGACAUCAAGUUCCCAAAGUUUUGCAGUCGUCUACGAUGUGUCCGAUGGAUCAUGAGAGCGACGAUUUCCCCAACACGUCUGAGAGCGUGAA